AUGUCAAUCCGAUGGCUCCUAUUGGCCAAUCAGCAACAACCGAAUCUGGAUUGCUUCUCACAAAAUCACGACAAACCUUCAAGUGCCGCAACCACAGCAUCACCAGCUCCCGACUUCAACCCGUCCGAUGCAAGCUCUGCUUCGCGACUCGUAACCUCCCCACAUCAAUUCGACGAUAAGAUGCUCGCCCCUAGAGCUGCGCCGAGAACGGCAGCGGGCAUCACCCGGACGGCCAUCCGCGGCUUCGCCACAGUUCAGGAUGGCACCCCCAGCCGGACGUAUGGAAACCUGAAGGAUCAGGACCGCAUCUUUCAGAACCUCUACGGUCGCUACCCUGCCGAUCUCAAGCACGCAAAGAAGCUUGGUGACUGGCACAAGACGAAGGAGAUUAUUCUCAAGGGCCACGACUGGAUCAUCAAUGAGAUUAAGGCUUCGGGACUCCGUGGACGUGGUGGUGCUGGCUUUCCAUCCGGAUUGAAAUGGUCUUUCAUGAACUUCAAGGACUGGGACAAGGACAACAAGCCCCGAUACCUCGUGGUCAACGCCGACGAGGGCGAACCCGGAACGUGCAAGGACCGAGAGAUUAUGCGAAAGGACCCCCACAAGCUGGUUGAAGGCUGUCUCGUCGCCGGUAGGGCCAUGAACGCCACCGCUGCGUACAUCUAUAUUCGCGGAGAGUUCGUUUACGAAGCUGCCGUUCUCCAACAAGCCAUCAACGAAGCGUAUGCCGACGGCCUCAUCGGAAAGAACGCCUGCGGUUCGGGCUACGAUUUCGACGUCUACAUUCACCGUGGUGGCGGUGCCUACGUCUGCGGUGAGGAGACCUCUCUCAUCGAGUCCCUCGAAGGCAAGCAGGGCAAGCCCCGCCUCAAGCCUCCCUUCCCUGCCGCCGUCGGUCUUUUCGGCUGCCCCUCUACCGUCGCCAACGUCGAGACGGUGUCUGUUGCCCCUACAAUUUGUCGUCGUGGUGGUAACUGGUUCGCUGGUUUCGGUCGUGAGAGGAACCAGGGCACGAAGCUCUUCUGUAUCUCUGGCCACGUCAACAACCCCGCCACCGUUGAGGAGGAGAUGUCCAUCCCUCUUCGAGACCUGAUUGAGAAGCACUGUGGUGGUGUCCGAGGUGGUUGGGAUAACCUUCUCGCCGUCAUCCCCGGAGGAUCGUCGACUCCCAUCCUGCCCAAGCGCAUCUGCGAGGACCAGCUUAUGGACUUUGAUGCGCUCAAGGAUAGCCAGUCUGGUCUCGGUACCGCGGCCGUCAUCGUUAUGGAUAAGAGCACUGAUGUCGUGCGUGCGAUCGCUCGUCUCAGCAAGUUCUACCGCCACGAGAGCUGCGGCCAGUGCACGCCGUGCAGAGAGGGAAGCAAGUGGACUGAACAGAUCAUGAGCCGAUUUGUUGAGGGUAAGGGAAGGGCGAGGGAAAUCGACAUGCUUCAGGAGCUAACGAAGCAGGUUGAGGGUCACACCAUUUGCGCUCUUGGAGAGGCCUUCGCCUGGCCCAUCCAGGGCCUUAUCCGACACUUCCGACCGGAGCUCGAGGCGAGGAUGCAGGAGUUCGCACAGCUCACUGGCGGCGAAGCCCUCGCUGGAGGCUGGAACCACGAUACCAGGUCCAAGGGAAAGCUUGUUUCUCCCGGCCAGUAA